UAGACUCCCCAGUGUCAAAAAAUACCAGUUCCUUUGCCCAUUUUCACAAGACAUUUAAUUUUCUAUGGCUACUUGCUAUUGGGAUGAAACAUAAAAGACCAUUUGAAUUUCCAUGAUCUUCUUCACCUCCUAUUCCCAUAUGUCUCGGUCUAAUCCCACACAUUAAAAUGGUCUCUAAAGUUCAUGCUGGCAAGGAAAUGGCAAUGGCUGGGAAUGACAAUGAGAAUGAGAAUGAAAAUGGCAGAAUCACUUGGAACUGGAAGAAAAGUAUGCAUGUUUUCUGUGAUAGGUUGAUGAGAUAUCCUAGUAUGGCAUGGCAGACUACAUGGAAGGUAGGAAGUGAAGAUCCAAGAAGGGUCAUCCAUGCAUUGAAAGUGGGUUUGUCUCUUGCUCUAGUUUCUCUGUUAUAUCUGUUGGAGCCACUCUACAAUGGGAUUGGACAGAGUGCUAUUUGGGCUGUCAUGACGGUAGUUGUUGUGCUUGAAUUCACCGCAGGGGCAACUUUAUGCAAAGGGCUCAACAGAGGAUUAGGGACACUUUUAGCAGGAUUAUUGGCUUUUCUUAUUGGGUACAUUGGAAAAGCUUCUGGUCGUGUCUUUCAAGCUAUCUUCAUCGGUGCUGCAGUUUUUCUUAUAGGAACUUUGGCUUCUUAUAUGAGGUUCAUUCCGUAUAUAAAGAAGAACUAUGACUAUGGUCUAGUUAUAUUCCUCUUGACUUUCAACCUGAUUACUAUAUCGAGCUACCGGGUGGAGAAUGUGUUGAAGAUUGCACAUGACCGCGUAUACACCAUUGCCAUAGGAUGUGCCAUUUGCCUUCUCAUGAGUCUACUGGUAUUUCCAAAUUGGUCAGGUGAAGACCUCCAUAAUUCCACCAUUUACAAGCUUGAAGGCCUUGCCAAAUCAAUAGAGGCUUGUGUGAAUGAGUACUUCUAUGGAGAAAUUGAAGCCUCUGGAGAUAACAAAUCAUCAGAGGAUCCUAUAUAUAAAGGUUACAAGGCUGUUUUGGAUUCAAAAUCCACAGAUGAAACAUUGGCAUUGCAUGCAAGUUGGGAGCCAAGGCAUUCAAGGUACUGUCACAGGUUUCCAUGGCAGCAGUAUGUAAAAGUUGGAGCUGUUCUUCGUCAAUUUGGGUAUACUGUGGUAGCCUUGCAUGGCUGUUUGAGAACAGAAAUUCAGACACCACGAUCUGUUAGAGCCUUGUUCAAGGACCCCUGCAUUCGGCUUGCAGCAGAGGUAUCCAAAGUACUGAUAGAACUUGCCAGCAGCGUAAAGAAUCGCCGCCACUGCUCGCCAGAAAUACUCUCCGAUCAUCUUCAUGAAGCCCUACAGGACCUCAACACCGCCAUAAAAUCUCAACCUCGCCUCUUCUUAGGCCCCAAGCACAAACAUAACCAUGCUUCCAACAUGCUCAAAAUAGCAGCUGCACAAGUCGGACACGAAAGACAUGGAAAAACCUCUGGAUUAUCAAGCGUUAAAACUGACUCUUCUGCAUUGCUAGAAUGGAAAACUAAAAGGGGUUCGGCUGAACGGUUAAAGGAAACAGAACGGAAAUCUUUGAGACCUCAACUGAGUAAAAUUGCAAUCACUAGUCUUGAGUUUUCUGAGGCUCUUCUAUUCGCUGCUUUUGCGUCUUUGCUUGUAGAAACUGUGGCGAAACUGGACCUUGUCAUAGAGGAGAUUGAAGAACUGGGGAGAUUAGCGUGCUACAAGGAGUUUAUACCCGGUGAUGAGAUUGUUGUGACUUGUGAGGAAACCCGAGUUGAUGUGUUAGAGAACCAUUUGCCUUCUCAUGGAGCUGAUUAGUAGACUAAUUUUGAGAAAGUGCAUUGCUUCAUGGAUAUGAAUGGUCUUUUUGAAAAAUGAUGGUGUGAAAGCUAAAAAUAAUAUAUUUAACUGUGUUUUAAAUUUUUGAUCUACUGCUAAUACUCAACAGGAGUAUUGCUCAGGAUGAUGAUAUAUUUUAAGUUAUAAAUUGAAUACAUAAGUUCAAGAAUAUCAUAUGACAACGUCAAGUGAAACAUUCAGGUUUAUUUUUCUCUUCAUAAAUACUCAAACAUUGUAACUAUACAAAAAUUCAAUAUGAGGGAGUUUCCACAUGAGAGGAUUCUGAUAUGAAUUA